CUUCCUGCCGCGCGUGCUGGAGCUGGGGUGGCCCGACCAGCUGGCCCCCGCCCUGGAGCGCCUCUGUUCCAUCUGCAAGGCCCUGGACUCCUGGAUCACGCAGCACCCGCAGCACGUCGCCGUCCUCCACGCCAGGGGUGGCUACGAGAAGCUGGGCGUGGUGGUGGCGGCCUACAUGCACUACAGCAACAUCUGCGCCUCCACGGACCAGGCGCUCGACCGCUACGCUAUGAAACGUUUCUUUGACGACAAGAUUGGCCAGCUGUACCAUCCCUCACAGAAGAGGUACGUGCACUACUUCGCGGGGCUGCUGUCCGGGGUGAUCCGCAUCAACUCUAGUCCCCUCUACCUGAACACUCUCAUCCUGGACGGUAUCCCGCACUUCGAACCCCGCGGAGGCUGCCAUCUCUUCAUCAAAAUCUACCAAGGAAUGACUCCAAUUUACACCUCGGGAAUCUACAACUUGACGGAAACGAUGAGGCAGGUGACGCUGGUGUUUGAGAUGGGCGUGCAGCUGCGUGGCGACAUCCUGCUCAAGGCUUACCACCGGCGCCUCAUGCCCGCCUCUAGGGAAGUGAUCUUCAGGAUGCAGUUCCACACGUGCACUGUCUCAGAGAAGGUGCUCUCCUUUACCCGGAAUGACCUGGAUGACGCCUGCAACGACAUGAGGUUCCCCCUGGAUGGCAGCGUGGAGCUACACUUCACUCACUCCCCCGAGGACAGGCCACGCGCGGUCUCUAACGUGUCCUGCGAUAAGUCCCCCUGCGCCAUCGCCUCCUGGGACUCCUACGAAAACAUCAACUUCACAAUGGACCAAGUGGACGAGCAAGGCGUGGCGAGUGUGAGCGGCGUGAGCCACACCCUGGGGCCCCUGGACGGCUCCCUGUACGCGACGGUCACCAAAAAGCGUCAGCCGCCCCCGCCAGCAUCGCCACAUUCGCCGGUGUCUCCACAAGCCCCCGCCGCCCACACGCCCUCGCCUCACGGGCUCGUCAACGGUCGCUACGCCGCCUCGAUAGACUCCGGAAUCGCCUCCAGCAACUCAGCGGGCGCGGCGCCCGUGUCCCCGCCCACCUCAGACACUUCCCAGACGUCCGGAGAAUCCCGAGCCACGGCGGCGGCGGUGGCGACGGGGCGGGUGGGGCCCACGGGGGCCCCGCCCCUGGUGGACGCCCGUCAGCUGGACGAGCUUCUGCAGGGGAUGCUGCUGGACAUCCAGAGCAUCCCGGAUCUGCGGCCCAGCCAGACGCCCGCCCCAGACAUUGACUCCAUCAAGUGUCCAGACUUCAGCGUGCCCCCCAAGACGGAGACGCGGGGCAGCGCGGUGGGCCGGAGCUCAGUGCAGCAGUACGGUGCCGCCCAGUCCCCCCACUCCCCCGUCAACGGGUACAGCGGUUCCACCACACACGACUCCCUGCUGGACACUUCCCUCAGCACCAACAAUGACGAACUGCCCUACCACGCCCGUAGCGACAGCAAGCCCUUCAGUUAUGGCGCGGUCACCUCAUCGCCCCUGCUUGGCCGCCGCCGCACCACUUCAGAGGGCGGCGACGGGUCCCAGGCGCCGCCCUCGCCCUCCAUUCACCGCCGCAACUCCCGGGAGGCCCUGGGACAGGCUCGGGCGGGACUGGAAUCUCCCAGGCUGGUGAGGCGCAUGUCGGGCACCGUGGGGGGCACCCCUGGCGAUCCCUCAGUGUGCAGCAGGCGCUCACCCUCUAGGUCACCGUCACCAGAGCCCGGGAGCCGCGGCGGCACCCUGCAGCGGCAGCGCUCACACACCCUUACUACCCGCAUCAUGUCCACUGGGGACAGCACACCCACCUCCACCCUCACCCGCUCCGAGCACGCCAAGUCCGCCUCCAGACUGGACGACUCGCUGGACUUUUCCACCCUCGACCACCACAGUCGCAGUCUGAGCAGCUCAGGCACCAACAACCUGUCAUGGCUUCAGAUGCAGCAACGCAAACUCGCCGAAAGGAAAGAGGCAAAAUACAGAGCCGAAAGAGGCCCCCAGGAGGCCCGUAUGCUGUCCGAACUCCGCACUCGUAUGACACAGCAGCAGCACCGCUCAGCCACUACCACCUCCAAGGAGUUUGAGGACGGAUACGUGAGUGACACCACCAUGCGCUCCGAGACAUCACGAGAGUCGUCCCCUGUAAAGACGAUGGCCCCCCUCACCAUCAACACUGGAGUAGCCUCCACCACUACUCCACAGAAGCCCCCCAUCGCCCACUCCACCCCCGCCCGAGGAAACUCUGCACCCUCCUCUCCCAUCCUGCCUACCAGGUCAGCCUCACGGGAACGCAUGUACAGAAACAACGUGAGCAGCACCAGCAGCCAGAGAAGUCUUCCCAGAAAGUACUCCGACACGUCCGACAAGGAGAGGCCUUUCGUGGCAGUGCGGAGGGCUCACGAGAAUGCCAAAGCGGGUGACAGCAUGGACUCAUCCUCAGCUCUUAGUCAGCUUCAGACAUCCCCUCUUGGACACAUCAAUUACUCAUCCUACUCAUCAUCUUCCCAGGCUGACGGUCUGCUCACCACAGUCAUUUCGUCCUCAAACCAGGAGGGACUGGACUCACUUGAUGCCCUGAGUGCCACCUUGGCCAGUCUGGGCACCCCCACUCACCCCCCAACCUCUACUACCUCACCGCCCAACCCCAUAAGCAGCACCACCACCACCACCUCCACCAUCACCACCACUGCUGUCACCACUUCUGCUGGGUCACAAUCAGUUCAGAUGGCUCAAACAUCUCAGAGCCGAGAAGAGAGUGCCUGGCAGAGUGACACCGAGAGCAGCAUUGGUGGCACUCGUCCCAUCACCCCAGGCUUCCCUCCUGCCACCCCCACAACACCGUACCUCAACCAGGGACUGCCCCCCAAGAGCCCCACCAUGCAGCGAAGAGCUCACCUUGGCCUCUCCUCUCUCUCGACCAGACCUCCCGUCAAAAAGUCUGCAUCACUUCCCAGCAAGGAGAUGGGGAUGCGCAGCCCCUCCCCUGCCACCUCCCAGGCCCUUCGGCAGGAGCUCAAUGGCCACUCCAGUCCAGCUCCCUCCCUCUACCAUGGACAGUCCCGCCGCUCUUCCCUCACCUCCCUCAAUGAGUCCACAGAGGUCAUAUCGUCUCACCCAAAGUUUGUGAAAGAUAUCUCCAAAUUCUGGUACAAACCCACCAUCACCAGGGAUGAAGCCAUUUCCAUGCUAAGAGACAAGGCACCUGGCACAUUCGUCGUCCGAGACUCCAACUCCUUCCCUGGAGCCUUUGGUCUCGCCCUCAAGGUGUCCACCCCACCACCUAAUGUGGCCAGCAAGUCCAGCGACCCAGCCAAUGAGCUGGUGCGCCACUUCCUGAUUGAGCCGACCUCCCGGGGCGUGCGACUCAAAGGCUGUGCCAAUGAGCCAGUGUUUGGUUCCCUUUCGGCACUGGUGUACCAACACUCUAUCACAGCACUGGCCCUCCCCUGCCGCCUCAUGUUGCCAGAAAGAGACCCAGCAGGUGGAUCAGACACUGUUGACAGUGGUGUUGGCACCAGCAGCAGCACCAGCUCUGCCUCUCAACUGCUGCAGCAGGGAGCUGCCUGUAACGUCAUGUACCUGCACACGGCGGAUACGGAGAGCCUGACGGGUCCCCAAGCCGUCAAGAGAGCCGUGAAUGUCAUGCUAGCAUCAAAAAUAACCCCCACGGUGGUCCACUUCAAGGUGUCUGCACAAGGCAUCACCCUCACUGACAAUGAGAGAAAGCUGUUUUUCCGCCGUCACUACCCAGUGAACACCAUCUCCCACUGCGGCGUGGAUCCGGAGGACAGGCGGUGGACACACAAGAGUGAAGAGGGCACCACACUGGGAUCCCUGCGAAUAUUUGGAUUUGUGGCCAAGAAGGGAGCCAGCAGGACAGAGAACCAGUGCCACAUCCUGGCUGAGCUGGAACCCGAGCAGCCUGCAACAGCGAUCUGCAACUUUGUGACCAAAGUUAUGAUGACCAGCGUGAGCCGACCCAACCUGGUGUAGCCUCACAGGUGGCAAGUGGCCAAGUGGCCGCAUGGCCACGUUGCCCCAUAGACACACUGUUCACUAAGUCCUGCGUGGCAAAGUGUACUGAACUGAGGCUAGAUGGGAGCUUUCCUAGUGAGUGCAAGAAUAGGUUGUAAAUAUCCUAAUUUUAACUAAAUUAUGUAUCAAACAUGUUAAGAUGCAGAGUUGGAUCAGAGGCUGUUUUUUCCUUUGAUUUACUGUGCACUUCUCUAUGAAAAUAGAGACUGUUAUGUACUAGAUUAAUUUGAAGAAAUACAAUUCCUAAUUAUCAAAGAUGUAUUCAGGGAGCAUUAUUUAUUACCUAAAGAGCAUAGUAGUGAUCAAUAUCAGAACUUCACAUAAGAAUAGGUCAAAUGGGUACCAGUAAUGUGAUAAUAUUAUGCAAGGAUUCACAGGAUUAGAGUGUUCAUUGCCCCCUUAAGGGAUAGCCUCUAGCUGGGUAUAGUCUGGUAAUCAAAGUACACAAGUGAACUUUUCUAGGAGACUUGAUCUUGUUAUAACACUAAGAACCUCUUGAGGACUGCUAAGUCGUUCAGCAGAAAGGUUUCAUUCGUGUUGUGUAAUUUUCUAUCUGCACAUGUAAAUAUCAUUGUGACUCAUUUUCACACAUUUCAUGUGUUUAAUAAUCAAAUGAAUCUUGUCUCAUUGUUUUGCUUUAAAUGUGUUUUGCAGAGAUUCUAUUACCACCUGCCAAAGGAUAUACUUCAGUACUUGGCAAGUGUUGAUAUGUGAGCCACUUCAUAUUUUAUUAAUGUGUGGAAAUUUCUUUUUUGUAGUAUAUGCAAUAAUGAUCAUUAAGUCAUGCUUUUAUUAUGCACUUCAGAAUCAGUAUGCAAGUAAUCAAUGCUCUGAAAAAAAAUUAAACUGUUAAUUAACACAUUUGCAAAUAAGUGUAUUAUUUGUAUUUAAUGUAAAUCUACAGCUGUAGCAUGCAUAAACCUAAGGCUGACUCACCCCUGUGGACUAUGUAAAAAUUUUUGUAUCUAGAGACUGAUCUAUAGCAUUCUCUUCUUUGUAUUGGCAGCCACACACACACACACACACACACGCGCAAGCAUGCACGCGCGUGCGCACACACACACACACACACACACACACACACACACACACACACACACACACACACAGGUGAGGUUGGACAGCCACUUUCCCAAGCAUCUUUUAAGUGUUUUGUACAUAAUGUCCAUAUGUUUGAGAGAUAGUAAAAUGAAACUUUUGCUAGUUUUUAAUAUUGUAAAUCAUACUUCCUUACUAUAACUUCCACCUCCUGGAUGAAAAGACAUUUAAGCAGCACAAUAAUAGAAUGUUAUGAAAGAUUUAUAAAAGCCAUACAAUGUUCAUAGCGAUAGCAUUUGUAUACCAGUUGUUGUGGUACAUUAUUAUUCACUAUGACCAGUGCUAUGUUCAUUACUACUUGCCAGGUGAAAGAGAGAGAGAGAGAGAGAGAGAGAGAGAGAGAGAGAGAGAGAGAGAGAGAGAGAGAGAGAGAGAGAGAGAGAGAGAAUCAAGUAAUAAGGAAGCAGUUUGUUCCUUUAACACAUGUAAGGUGCUUCUUAACUCAUGCAAAUGACCAUUUCAAGCUUCUUCCAGAAAUAAAGAACAACUUCAA